UUGCCACCCGCAUGCUUACACAAGUCAUGGCAUUCCUGUGACAGAGUACAUUUCCUCGCACUCAUGUGAUAAGGCUGGACGGUGUCCUGAGUUUCAAAACCCUGUAAUUGUUCCUCUUCUAGGUUUAAGAUUUAAGCUGAACGUUUCUGCAGAUCUUUUCACAGCUCCUUAGCUGCACAGGCUGAAGCAUGGCUCGACUGGUGUACAUAUGUGCUGCUCUGCUCUUCUCUGGUGUUUUACUUCAAGUGACAGAAGCAGAUGACCCUUCAAUGGCUACUUCAUCAAACACCACAACUCAUGCAUCAAACACCACAACUACUGCACCCAACGUCACAACUCAUGCACCAAACAUCACAACUACUGCAUCAAACGCCACAACUACUGCACCCAACAUCACAACUCAUGCACCAAACAUCACAACUACUGCACCCAACGUUACAACUCAUACACCAAACAUCACAACUCAUGCACCAAACAGCACAACUCAUGCACAAAAUGCCACAACUACUGCACCAAAUGCCACAACUACUGCACCAAAUGCCACAACUACUGCACCAAAUGCCACAACUACUGCACCAAAUGCCACAACUACUGCACCAAAUGCCACAACUACUGCACCAAAUGCCACAACUACUGCACCAAAUGCCACAACUACUGCACCAAACGUCACAACUGCUGCACCAAACACCACAACUCAUGCACUAAACACCACAACCGCACACCACACAACACUGCCAACCCCGACCUUGGCUCCACAUUCCUCAAAACCGGCAUCUGGCAACUACACAGUAAAAGACGAAAAAGUGACAUGUAUAAAGGCAUCUAUGGGUUUAGAACUACAGCUCUAUAAUUCCUCAAGGAUUGAAGGGUACUUUGAUAUCGUACCAGAAACGACAAAAGCAACAGGGAACUGUGGAACUGAUGCGGCCAACCUGAACAUUACGUUUGCAGAGGGUUUUAUAAAUUUUGGCUUUGUUCAGGAUAAAAGUGGUUAUUACAUAAAAGAGGUUGAUGUGGUUUUCAAACUGUCUUCACAGACUUGGAGAGCCAAUUCCACAAAUGAAAAACUGCUGUAUACAGACAAAGGCUACGCAGUUAAAUGUAAAAAUACUCCAACUAUAAAAUUUAAAAAUGAUUUGAAUCUUGUGAUGGCUGAAGUAAAACUCCAAGCUUUUGACCUUAACAACGGAGAGUUUGGUAAAGUGACAACAUGCUCAUAUGACCGCAACAUCAUUGGUAUAGCCGUUGGCGUAACAGUACUAGUCAUUGUUAUUAUUAUUGUAAUUAUCUAUCUGAUCUGGCAUAAGAAGAAAUCCUCUGGAUAUGAAAGAAUCUAGCCAGCCAAAGACACAAUUUUAAAGUUAAACAAUAUACAGUUUCACAUAGAUAGAAAAUGUAACAUACAACUCAAAAGUGUCCUCAUUUAAUAACUUAGUAAGGAAACCAGGCAAAGGGAAAGAAAUGUAGAUGUCUCAAUAUUGAAAUGUUUAAGGAAAUGAAACUAAUCAUUUUAAAGAGAACUUUAAAAACAUUUAACACUUUCUGCACUAAACCGGGCAAAUAUUGAAUAAACUGGUUAACUAAAAAUGCAUACUGUAUUUGAACAAUAUAAUAAUUUCUUCAGUUUUGAAAACUUAAAUGCAUAAACAUACAAACAUUUAAUUUCCUUUUUUUUCUCAGAAAAGUUGCCACUAAUAUUAAAAAAGGGAAUUUCACAAUGUGUAUAAAAUAUGGUAGAAUAUGCAGAUAAUCCUGCAAAUGCUAAAUAGGAGAAUCUGGUUCAUAAGUAUUAAAUAAUCACAAACCAGUAAUGUUAUCCGCAUUAAGAGACAAAUGAUGUGCUUUAAAGUACUAUGGUGCUGGUCCCUGUGUCUGGCUUGAUCUAUCAAAAAAAAAGGAGAAUGGUAAAACCAAUAGAGCAAACUGCAUAAAAUGUUUAAAAACUGUGAAUUUAUUAAAAAGCCAAUAACACAUUAUUGUGUAUUAAAGCAAUGCAAUGUAGUACUCGGGGGGUCUUAAAAUAAUAUAUUAAAGCAAUGCAAUGUAGUACUCGGGGGGUCUUAAAAUAAUAUAUUAAAGCAAUGCAAUGGAGUACUCAGGGGGUCUUAAAAUAAUAUAUUAAAGCAAUGCAAUGGAGUACUCAGGGGGUCUUAAAAUAAUAUAAUAAAACAAUGCAAUGUAGUA